AUGCCAAUGCGCGCCCGGCAGGGAGAAGCGGGAGAGGUAUUCCCGCGCGCCACAGACUCCUUAAGGCGCGGCGUUCGGCGGGCUCCUUCCAAGCGGAAGCUCAAACUCGGGGGGCGGGCCGAGGGCGGCCUGGAGCUCACGGCGGUUAAUUCCUUUUGCUGUGCGGCUUUGCGUCCCGUCUGGGCUUCUCUGAGGCUGCGAGACAUGGUCAGGUCCGGAUCUCGAGCGGGCCAGGUGUUAUCUUCAGGGAAGCACACGGGACCUGGUAAAUUAACAAAUGGAAAGAAAGGGACACACGUAAGAAAGAUUUCUCGGUUUAAUGCCGACUCUGGCCAUCCUGUCCAUUCUGAUUCGGAAAGUCAGACUGAAAAGGGGCUCGAUGGUUGUGCUUCUUUGCUGCGGGACAUUUUGAGAAAUGAAGAUUCAGGUUCAGAAAUAGCAUAUUCAGAAAAUAGGCACAAUCCCAGGCCUUUAGAAGGCAAAACAUGCGGAUCAAAAAAGAAAGGACAUGAAAAACAUAGUGCUCCUUUAGUAGUCCAGAAAGAAUUUUUAUCUUCAGAUAACAAGAAGCAGAUGCCAAAUGAAGCUUCUACUGGUAGUAAAAGAGACUCGUCAAAUAGUGCACAAAAUUGGUCAUUGCAAGAUCAUUACAGAAUGUGUUCACCCAUAAUAUUCCAAGCACUCUGUGAGCAUAUUCAGACUCAAAUGUCACUAAUGAAUAACUUGGCUACAAAGAACAAACCUGGAAGUCCUGCUAUGUCUUGCCACACUACGUCUGGUUCUGAAUCUCAGACAAAUCCACAGUCUAACUUUGGCUUACCUACCUCUAUCCCUGACCGGUUACCUGAGCAGCCACACUACCCUUCAAUGUCUCAUUCUGACAUUCAAACUAAUAGUGAUAACCAGUUUCCAUCACAAGAUAAAACACUAUCUGUGAACUAUACUGAUGCUCUAAGGAAUUCUUGUCUUGGAGUUCCCCAAACUGACAAACCAGUUAUUCCAGCAUUUCAGCAACAAGGUUUUACAUAUGGGAUUCUGCCCCAACAAGGAGUUCCUAAUGAACCAGAUCUACGAAAGUGUUUCCAAACGUAUAUGAAUCUGUUGCAUUUCCAUGGAAAUGAAACUCAUCCAGACAGUCAGGCACACCAAAGCCCCAUUCUAUCACAGCCAGCUUUCUUGACUGAACAAAAAUUUAGUGAAGAAAAAUGUGCCAGAAGACAAGUUGGACAGGUCACAAGUGAAGGAAAGGAUUUAAAUGCAUGUAUGCAAGAUUCAAGAAUACAGGAUGUGCAGAGGACAAAAAAUGUGAACCAGUGUGCUGAAAAAGUUAGAACUAUAAAGUAUUUGUUGGGAGAGCUCAAGACCCUGGUAGCAGAACAAGAGGAUAUGGAAACUCAGAGGUUAAUUACAGAAUUAGAGGCAUGUGUAUCUGUACUUCCAUCAUUAAGCGGGAACACAAGUAUUCAAGUUGAACUAGCACUGGCCAUGCAACCACUGAGAAGUGAAAACGCUCAUUUACGCAGACAACUGAGAAUUUUGAACCAGCAACUUAGAGAGCAAAAAGAAAAUCAAAAGACAUCUAGUUCUUUGGAAUGCAACCUUGAAUUGUUUUCUCUUCAGUCAUUAAACAAGUCACUGCAAAGUCAAUUACAGGAGUUACUAAGGAGCCAAGAGUUACUACAGAAUAAAAAUGAAGAGCUCUUAAAAGUGAUUGAAAAUCAGAAAGAUGAAAACAAAAAAUUUGCUGGCAUAUUUAAAGAAAAAGAUCAAGCUUUACUUGAAAAUAAACAGCAAUUUGACAUUGAAACAACUAGAAUGAAAAUUGAAUUGGAAGAAGCCUUAGUCAAUGUGAAAAGCAUGCAAUUUAAGUUAGAAGCUACUGAAAAGGAAAACCAAAUAUUGGGAAUAACAUUACGUCAGCGUGAUGCUGAGGUGACUCGACUGAGAGAAUUAACCAGAACUUUACAAAGCAGUAUGGCAGAACUUCUUUCAGAUCUUAGUGUGGACAGUGCUCGAUGCAAGCCUGGGAGUAACCUUACCAAAUCACUUCUGAAUAUUUAUGACAAGCAACCUCAACAUGACCCAGUCCCUGCUCACACUUCUGUAAUGAGCUACCUAAAAAAGUUAGAAAGUGAUAACACUUAUACACAUUUAGAACCACUUUCCAAAAUAAACGAGGAAAACAUGCCAGAUAGACCCUAUGAAAAUGUUCUGCCCUCCAAAGCCUUUCAGCAUAGUAACUCUAGGAGCAUUGAGGAAAUAUCACCCCCUGGAAUCAUUUCUACCCUUUCAAAACAGAAUUCUGAUGAGGAAAGCAAAAUUACGACGCUAAUAGACAGUGAAUGUAAUUUGGAUAAUACAAUUUACAUUCCUUUUGCUAGAAGCUCUUCUAAAAGCAAGUCACUAUCGAAAAGAUUAUCUCCCCAAUCACACAUCAGUGUAGCCCCAUCACAACUUGUCAGCAACAGUGGACUUGUCUCUGACAAAGGAAAUAAACUCUGUGCAUCUGGAGUUUAUGCCUCUUCCAGAAAGGAAGCAGAUGAUGCACCUGAGAAACUGUCCAAAACAGCUGAUAUGGAGGACAAGCAGCUUCUCAAGAAAAUAAAGGAAGCCAUCAAUAAGAUCCCUGUUGCCAGUGAAGAACCACAGGAGCCGGUCUCGUGCCAUGGCCCCUCCACCUGCCACAGCAGCAGUAUUCAAGUGAAAGGUAGUGCCAUCUCUGAUGGUAGCUUUUUGAAUUCUGACUUGACAUCUGACUGGAGCAUCUCUUCAUUUUCAACAUUCACGUCUCAUGAUGAGCAAGACUUCCGAAAUGGCCUUGCAGCAUUAGAUGCCAACAUUGCUAGGCUCCAGAAGUCCUUAAGUGCUGAUCUUUUGGAGAAGUGAACUCAGAAGAGAACAGAUUGAAUACUUCUUUUUAAGCGUAGAACUCAGCUACGUUGAACAUUUUGAAUUUUGUU